ACAACAAAUAAAUAUACGAGUCUCCACUGAGAAGCAAACCUCGGUUCUUUCUUCUGUCUUCGUCUUCUCUCGAUCGAGAACGAGGGGAUUGGGAAUUAUCGUCAUCUUCACAAGCAUGUUGAAUUAUAAAGGAUGAUUAGGAAUACUUGAAAACUUGUGGGUUGAUUGUGAAAAGGGAAGAUGUGGGCAGCUUCUUGCCUCGCUUCAUGCUGCGCAGCUUGUGCAUGCGAUGCAUGCCGGACGGUGGUGUCUGGAAUUAGUCGGCGGUCUGCAAGGAUUGCAUACUGUGGCCUGUUUGCACUUUCUCUGAUUGUUUCCUGGAUUCUCCGUGAGGUUGCCGCACCUCUAAUGGAAAAGCUCCCUUGGAUUAAUCAUUUUCAUAAGACACCUGACCGGGAGUGGUUCGAAACAGAUGCUGUGCUGCGAGUUAGCCUGGGAAAUUUUCUCUUUUUCACCAUUCUAGCUAUUUUAAUGAUCGGUGUCAAAAAUCAGAAGGAUCCUCGUGAUAGUGUGCACCAUGGUGGAUGGAUGAUGAAAGUUAUUAGUUGGUUUCUUUUGGUCAUCUUUAUGUUUUUCCUUCCGAAUGAGAUUAUCAGCUUCUAUGAAUCUAUAUCAAAGUUUGGUGCUGGAUUGUUUCUUCUUGUUCAAGUUGUGCUUUUGUUAGAUUUUGUUCAUGGAUGGAAUGACAAAUGGGUCGGAUAUGAUGAGCAGUUCUGGUACAUCGGCCUGUUUAGUGUUUCACUUGUGUGUUAUGUAGCAACAUUUGUCUUCUCGGGACUUCUCUUCCAUUGGUUCACUCAAGCUGGACAAGACUGUGGGCUCAACACUUUCUUUAUUGUUAUAACCUUGAUCUUCGUGUUUGUUUUUGCUAUAGUGGCCCUCCACCCUGCUAUAAGUGGAAGCAUUUUGCCCGCCUCAGUUAUUUCUCUGUACUGUGUAUACCUCUGCUACACUGGACUUGCUAGCGAGCCAAGGGAAUACGAGUGUAAUGGCCUACACAAGCAUUCAAAAUCUAUUUCUACUGGGACUCUUACUUUUGGCCUGCUUACAACAGUUCUGUCAGUUGUCUAUUCUGCGGUCCGUGCUGGAUCAUCUACAACUCUGCUCUCUCAACCAAGUUCACCUCGUGCUGGUGCAGGGAAGCCGCUGCUUCCAUUGGACAACAAGCCUGACGAGCAGGAAGAAAAAGAGAGGGCCAAGCCAGUCACAUAUUCAUAUUCCUUCUUCCAUAUUAUUUUCUCCCUUGCUAGUAUGUAUUCAGCUAUGCUUCUAACUGGGUGGUCGACUUCAGUUGGGGAGAGCGGCAAGUUGGUCGAUGUUGGCUGGCCGUCUGUAUGGGUCAGGAUUGUGACGGGGUGGGCAACUGCAGCUCUGUACAUCUGGUCUCUGGUUGCUCCUAUUAUGUUUCCAGAAAGGGAGUUCUGAGCACCUCCAAAGAAACGGUUUGAUAUCAAUGUCUAUAUGGAAUGAUUAUUUGCAAUCGCCAACUGAACUUAUGGCAUGUGUGCUAUUUCGUACCCACCACGGAAGGAUGUUUGUUUAAUGUAUAAAAAGAAUGGUUUGUCAUUGAGGUGGCAUGACCGAGAUGCCUUCGUUUCUUCUUGAA